UUUUAUACAGUGCUUGGGAUGAGGUUCCAACCACAACCCAGGUUUAUAAAAUUUAUGCAUGAGGGGAAAGUAAACAGCAUAUUUACUACUACUAAAGCCAUCUUUGCAUGACAAGGUCAACAAGUCAUUUGAGGUCACAUGCCCUUCCAUGAAAAGAGUAUUGUGUCCUGAGGUCUGUUUUAUCUCCAAUAUUAUUAUUCAUAUACAAUUUAAAAAGAAAUUAUGCAGCGCAGUAGUUUGAUAACACACUACACGUAAACAAGGCAUAUGAAAAAAAGUGUUUUACUGAGAAUAUUUUUCUGUACCUUUCAAAUGAUUAACAUUAUUAGGCUGCAUGCAAACUUGGACGUAUUAAGCAAUUUUUAAAUGUUUUCCAAUUUCAGUUUUAAUGCUAGGUAUGGUGAUGAACUGAACUGCUACUGCUUGUAUUUUUAUUUUGUUGCAUGCCAGGUAAAUCCAUUUGGAGAAUUGUAUGAUUAAUGGUACUGAAACAGCAAAGACAUAAAAGUGUCAAUUAUAAGCUACUAAUCCACAGGAAAAGGUACCCUCAAUCUACAGAGAUCAUUUCUAUGAAAUAUAUUUCAUUCCUACUGCUCUAAAAGAGCUGCAUUAACACCUUGUGUCCUAACACUCAUUUCAGACCAUGGAGGAUGAUUCCUCAUAUAGCAAACUUCAACUGUGUCUCACAUGGAAUAGUUUCACUGACAACAUAGUCAGUUCCCUGGAGUCUUCUUAUGGUGAUGGUGACUUUGUGGAUGUUACAUUGGCUUGUGAAGGGGAGAGCAUCAAAGCCCACAAACUAGUUUUGUCUGCUUGUAGUCAGUACCUGAAGAGGCUCCUUAAGGAAAACCCAUGUCCACAUCCAAUUAUUAUUUUGAAGGAUGUUGGCUUGGCAGAAUUAAAAGACCUGUUGAUUUAUAUGUACCAUGGAGAAGUACGGGUUGAACAAGAGAGAAUUGCAAAACUUCUUCACACAGCUCAGAUCCUAGAAAUACGAGGUCUGCGAGACAUCAACCAGAAACUUGAUCAGGAGUUGGACAGUGGAAUAAAUGAAACAAGCAGUUUAAUAACAGCUGCAUCUGAAGGGUCUCAGAAUCAAGAUACUUCAACAGCAGAUGAGUAUAAUGGCAAGCAACAAAACAGUGUCAGCAAUAACACAUUGACUGUCCAAAGAAAAUUGUUGUCCAACUCAAGCAAAAAGAGAACAGCUUUACAUGCAAGAUCAGUACUGAAAUCUUCAGUUGGAAGGAAGCCUAGACCCAUUCCAAUGUUACAAUCUAUCCAGCAGUCUGGGAAAAUGGAUGGUAAUGCUGUCAUGCCUAUGUCAGUAGACAGAGAUGAAGAUGAAGGUGGAGGAGAAGAAUCCAAUAACUCAUCACUUGCACCAGAUCAUACAGUCUUUCUAGAUGAUGUCAGAGUGAAAGAAGAAACUCCAGAUGUUUCAGAACAGUUUGAGUUUGCAACCAAUCAGUCAUCAACCCUGGAUGAAAACUCAUCUGACACAGAUCAGCGUGGGUUCAACAAUGGCUUUGCUAAUCCCUCAAUGGUCCUGACACUUGGUGGAGGGUCUUUAUGUGGUGGUCUUCUGGCAGCACAGAUGCUGAAGAGAGUUGCAACUAGGGCAUCCAGCAAUGAAGGUGUAUCAGUGGUAAAGGAGGCUGUUUCACUGGGAAACAUAGUUGUGAAUUCAUCAGUGGCAGAUCAAGCAGGGUCAGCCACCAAGACACAAGAGGACUCCCAGUCUGAUGAAGUGACAGUAUCAUUAUUUAAUGCCGGAAGUCAGCGAUGGAAAAUGUCAUCUAAUGCUACUGCUCAGAGUUUGUCGCCAUCAGAAACUGAUAAACAAAAUCAAUCAAUGAGCUUAAAACCAUGGGAAGUAUUGAAGUUAGCUGAUAGAAAUGAUGACAGACAGAAGACUCCUAUAAGCAGUGAUUUAUCUUCAGACAAGUCUUAUGAAAAUCUAACAGAAAAUAUGGACUUGGACAGUUUGCAUUUUUGGAGAAACAAUUCAUUCCAUCAGACCAGUGAUCAACAGGCACACAGAAAUUCAAAACAAACUAUGGAUAUAGAAUUUGUGAGACCAGGAGAAUAUGUGCAAAAAGAAAGGAGAACAUCUUCAAAAUUCCAAGCUAUUGAGCAUAUGCUUAACAUAACCCCACAACUUCGACUCCAGAUGCUAAUGUGCAGAGAAUAUAAGAAAUACACCAAUAUACUGCUGGUGGCCAUGUUUGGACGGGAUAUGCUAGCAACACAUAGUCUUAAUGGGACUGGAACUUCAAAACCAAAACUGGAUGGUCAGAAAGUGAAUCAUGUUAUAGAUGCAGUAAUGGCCAAAUUUGGUGUAGAUCAGAACCAUGUCAAAGAAGCCAUAAGAAUAAAAUUGAAUAAUGAAGACAAACUGAGGAAAAGACUAACACAGAAAAUUUCCAUUGGUGUAGGCAGUCUGUAGUAAUAAGGAUAGUGACUAAACACAAUAACCAUUUAAAUCAGACUUAUCAUUUAUGUAAAUAUAUAAAGAUAUUUCAUUAAAUAUGGUUAAAUAUACUAUUGAAACUGGCUUCCAGGAGGACUGCAAGGGUUUGAGGAUCUGGUUUAUUAUCCAGUAAUCUAAUCUGUGACAUUGCAAAGGAGUAAAUUUUAUUCGGUCAAGUUAAUGUGUUUCAGUAAACACCUUGACAUUAUACUACAGCAAUCCCUCGUCAAUCAUGGGUUACAUUCAUUAAAAAAAAACACUGCAGUAGGCAGUAGGUAAGGGUUUGAAAUUAAUUAACAGAAAUCCACAUGCACUUAAUGUUUUCACAGCAGUCCAGAUUAAUCACAUACAGCAUACACAACAUUUCUGUUUCAAUAAGUGCAUCCUGUUGUGUAUCAUAUAUUAUUUUCCUACUGAAAACCGUCACAACACAACAUCAAUAACACUUAUAAGCAGCUCUAGAAGAUAACUUUGCUACAUGUUUCGGCCUUCUGUAAGGCCAUCAUCAGGCAAAUACAUUAAACCUCUCAUUAUUGAACUGCAUGUUAAAUAUAAGUCACAGUGCUAAACUAGACAUGGGCCAAUUCGUACGAGCCACAAAUGAAACGCCAAUCAAACGAAUGGCGUCAUUACAGGUUACCACGAAAAUCAAAAGUUU